GUGACUCGCAGCCGCUGCGGGGACUCUGGCUCCAGGCUCCUGGCGAGAUCCCCGAGCCCCGGCGGCUGGUGCUGGGAGCCCGGAGCCCGGGCUGCAGCCGGGAGAGGGGAAUCUCCAGCAGGGCCCUUCCCGCUGCUCCCCAGGAGCCUCUCCCAGGGCAGAGCCCCCAGCCCGGCCAGGCCCCUUCCCGGCCCGGCCCCUGCCCCAGGGGGGCCCCGCUCGGAGGGAAGAAAGAGGAAAAAGAAAACCCUCAGGAGGUGAGGAUUGGAAAUGAAAGGCUGAGAAAGAAAAGGACCAAGCAAAACAGCAGGGAUCCUUCCAGAAAUAUCUUCUCUUUAAUCCAAAUAAAGAUGGAAGUAGUUCACAGCAUCCAGAUGAAGGACUUUUACUUGGAGAGGAGGUUAGGUCACAUCCGCAUGGAAGUAGUUUGGAACAUCAAGAUGAUGGAAACUUACUUCUAGAUGAAGGGAGCUCACAGUAUCAGACUCAUAUGGAAGUGGAGAAAAUUUAUUUACCUUCAGAGAGACAUGCAGAAAUUGAAGUAAUGAAGAAGAAGGAAGAAAGGAUGAGGAAGUUACAAACAAUUUACAGUGUGUAGACCCAGCUUCAUGUCUCAGAUGUGAUGACAGUGUGUGGCAAAUUCUCGUGGAACAUGGACCCGAAGAAAUUCAUGAAUUUCCCUUCCGUAAGGGUGGAAAUAAAAGAAAAUUCUCUGCUCAGCAUUACAAGAGGAAACUCAUUAAUGGGGAAGAAAUUCAUCGAAACUAGUUACAAUAUUCAGUGUUGAAGGACUCCAUGUUUUGCUUUUGCUGAAAGUUGUUUAGAAAUCAAGCAAGUGGUACACCACUUACUGAAAAUGGUUUGAAGGACUGGAAAAUAAUAUCUUCUAUUCUCUCUUCACAUGAAAGAAGUACAGAACAUUUGCAAUGUUUUCAAAAUUGGAAAGAACUUGAAUUAUGAUUGAAAAAAGGAAAAACUAUCGAUGAAGGAACUAUAUGUGAUAUCAAGGAAAAAGAAGAAUAUUGGCAACAAAUAUUAGAAUGUCUCAUUGCUUUAGUGAGAUUUCUCAGUGGGAAAAAUUUAGCAUUCUGCGGCCCCAGUAGAAAUGAAAAAUUAUAACUAAAGAUAAUGGAAACUUUUUAAAAUUUGUUGAAUACCUAGCUUUGUUUGAUCCAGUCAUGAAGGAGCGUCUACGUAAAAUAACGGAUCUUGAAACACAGGUUCAUUACUUAGAAAAAAAUAUGCAGAAUGAACUGAUUCAAAUCCUAGCAAAUGCCAUUAAAAAGAAAAUUGUAGAAGCUGCCCAUUCCGCAAAAUACUUUUCAUUAAUAGUGGACUGUACACCAGAUGUGAGUCAUGUUGAACAAAUGACAAUGAUCAUUUGUGGAUAUGGAAAAGUCUGCAGAUAAAGAUAAUGUUGAAGUGCUCAAAAAGGAACAUUUUGGGGGUUUCGUACCACUGAAGAAGAUGACUGGAGCAUUUAUCACUGAAACUAUUCUACAAGAUCUUGAAUAAAGAAAAUGAUGGAAAGCAAUCCUAGGGCCUUUUUCAUUCCUUGCAAUGCGCAUUCUCUGAAUUUGGUUGUCAGUGAUGCUGCUAGAUGCUGUUUGGAGACAAGCAGUUUCUUGGACCUGGUGCAACGUGUUUGUGUUUUUCUCAGGCUCAACACGCUGUUGGGAGAUUCUGACUCGCCAUAUGAAUUCUCUAACUGUGAAACCACUUAGACAAGAUGGGAGAGUCGCAUUGCUGCUUUGAAGCCUCUUCAGUAUGAACUUGGAAACAUUUAUGAUGCCCUAAUUGAAAUUUCUGAUGACACUAUCUUUACUGGAUCAUUUGGUAAUACGGCACAUUCAGAUGCAGAAGCUCUUGCAAAUGGCCUUUCCAAGUUCAAAUUUGUGACUUCACUCAUUUUGUGGUAUAAUAUCCUUUUCGAGAUUAACCUCGCUAGUAAGCAGCCUCAGGAAAAGAACCUGAGCAUACAGUCUGCUAUCAAAAACUGCAGAAAACUAAAAAUAUUCUGGAGGAAUUCAGAAGUGAUGAAGGGUUUGAAAGAACACUGGUAGAUUCUCUUGAGCUUGCUGAAGAAAUAGACUUUCCGACAGAAUUUGAACCAGAGCCAGUUCGCAUUCAGCAAAAGAAACAGCAAUUUUCAUAUGAAGGAUGAGACACACCCAUGCAGAACCCAAAACAAAGGUUCAAAGUGAAUUUCUACUUUGCAGUCCUUGGUACCGCUAUUCACUCGGUUGACAAAAGAUUUCAACAGAUGCAGCAGCUAGAGUCAGUAUUUGGCUUUCUAUAUGAUAUCCACAGCUUGCAAAAGAAAACAGCAAAACAGAUAAGAGAAUUUUAUAUAAAACUGGAGUUGGCAUUGACUCAUGAAAAUUCAAAAGACAUUGAUGCUACAGAUUUGUGUAGUGAGCUUCAGGCUUUUUCAUGUUGACUUAAGAAACAUUCCACUCCUGAAAAAGUACUGAAGUUUGUUUGUGAAAAUAAACUCUGACAGUUUUCCAAACAUUUUUAUAGCUCUACGCAUUCUUUUAAUUUUGCCAGUCUCCGUAGCUAGUGGGGAAAGUAGCUUCUCAAAGUUAAAAUUGAUAAAAACUUAUCUGCUUUAAAAAUGGUGCAAGAGAGACUUGUUGGACUUGCAACAAUGUCUAUAGAGCAUGAAAUAGGUGGAAAACUGGAUCUAAGGGUAUGUCUACACUACCCACUGGAUCGGCGGGUAGUGAUCGAUCUAUUGGGGGUCAAUUUAUUGCGUCUAGUCUAGAUGAGAUAAAUCAAUCCCCAAUCGCUCUGCCAUUGACUCUGGUACUCCACCUCCACGAGAGGUGGAAGCGGAGUUGAUGGGGGAGCAGCAGCAGUCGACCCCAUGCCAUGAAGACGCUGCGGUAAGUCGAUCGAGGUAUUCACGUAGCUGAAGUUGCGUCCCUUACUUCGAGACCUCCCCCUCCCCCUUCCCGUAGAGCAAGGCUAGAAGAACUAGUGUCUGAAUUUUCAAAACUUAAAGCAAGAAAAGUCAUGUUUUAAGAGCACAGCGUGUUUUUAAUUGUGUGUUUUGUAAAUACAGGUUAAAGUUCAUUGAAGAGGUUUCUUAUUUCUUUCAAUAUUGGAGGUGGUGGUAAAGCUGUUUAGUGUAAUGGAUGAUUUUGGAUUUGUAAUAAUAAAAAUUAUAAUUAACAUUUUAAAGACAUUUAUAUUUGUAAUUGGACUGAAAUAUCAUCUAGCUCUUGUGUACAAAUCUAUUCUGAAAAUUUCGUGUGUCUAUUUUAUCUGAUCUCAGAAACAUUAGUUGGACAGUAGUGUGGAUGGACAAACCGAAUGAUUACGCCUCUGUUUAAAAGAAAAUGCUUAAAAAAUGAUAAAAGGGAAAAGGGGCAAAAUGUUUCCCAGUUUACGGAAAUCCUCAGCCUACAUCUGCCCUUGGGGUUUGGGGGCGCCGAUUGCAUGGUUUGCCUCGGGGACCUAGUCUAGGGCCGCCCCUGCAUUCUGAUGUAUGACAGAGGUAACAGACAAUGCUGUCUGUCUACGUUAUAUUUCCCUGGCAGUGCCUAGUUACAAGGGAACUAUCCACAGGCACCCCCCUCCCUUCCCACAAACACACUGCUCCCAGGUUACAUUGGAUUUUUUAAAAAAGAGACAAACUCAUGAUUUUUGGGGCUCUGAUUCCUGAAUGUUCAGGGUGUCCUAGGUCUUGGUCUGAUUUCCAGGCAGGCUUUAGACCUCAGCCACACUAGAGUCAGACCAGAGUCACUGCUGGCUCUGGCAGGGGGUGAGUGCAGAUGGACCAAUAGGAUCAGUCUCUGCCUAUCUGUCCCUGGGGGCUGCCGGAAGAGUCCAGAGCAGCUCGUUCUUCAGGUGUGGCCACUAGAGGGCUCCGGCUGUUGCUAAGGGAGAGGGGUUUACACUGCAAUUUGGGGCAAUCCCUCAAAAUGGCCCCCUUGAUUCUGCUCUUUUUCUAGCAUUUGGCUCAGAGAUGCUGUUACUGGGAGGGUCUGAAGAGCUUGGAGGGAACCGGGGUGUGACAUGGACUGAAGUCCCUUCCGUAACCUCCCCCAUCGCCCCGACAGGCUGAGGAAUCACGUCCACAUUUCGCUCCAGAUUGGCUCAUCUUCCAGGCUGUGAUGGAGCCAGCUCAGAUGCCGGUAACCUUCGAGGAGGUGGCUGUGUAUUUCACCCAGGGGCAGGGGGCUCUGCUGGACCCCGCUCAGAGAGCCCUCUACAGGGACGUCAUGCAGCAGAACUACGAGAUUGUGACCUCGCUGGGAUUCCCCAUUCCCAAACCUGAGCUGAUCUCCCGCCUGGAACGAGGGGAAGAGCCGUGGGUCCCAGAUCUCCAGGCCUGUGAGGAAAGAGAGAGCCUGAGAGGCGACCACACAGGUGCUGAGCGAGGGAGUGAGAAGGAGGAAGGGGAUCAUCAUGAGGAAGUCCCUGGGAAAGUAGAACCACAAAGGACAUUUGUGGGAAGAGAUGAAGGGAAUUUUUCCCAGUGCUUCGAACAGGAAGAAGCCUGGGGAAAUUGGGACAGGUCAGAGAGGCAGCGGGAAAACCACCCAAGGAAGAAGGUGGAUGAAUCUAUUAAAUGUGGGGGAGGAGACCAGGAUCCCACAACCCAGCAGACAAAUUUCAAGGAAGACAAACGCUAUGAAUACCUCGUGUAUGGGGAAGGAUUCAUUCUGAGAUCACAGCUUGUUACACAUCAGACAAUCCAUACCGGAGAGAAACCCCUUCAAUGCUUGGACUGUGGGGAAAUCUUCAAUAAUCGCUCAGCCCUGAGUAAUCAUGGGAGAAGCCACAGAAGAGAGAAACCCUCUCAAUGUCUCGAGUGCGGGAAAUGUUUCAUUUGGAAGUCAGAACUAAUUAGACAUCAGCUCAGCCACACAGGGGAGAGACCCCACAAGUGCGUGUACUGUGGGAUAAGUUUCACAUGGAGGUCAGACCUUGUUAGACAUCAGGCAAUCCACACAGGAGAGAGACCCCAUAAGUGUUUAAACUGUGGGAAAAGUUUCACACAGAGGUCAGUCCUUGUUAUACAUCAGCGAAUCCACACAGGAGAGAGACCUUACAAGUGCGUGGACUGUGGGAAAAGUUUCACAUGUAGGUCAGACCUUGUUCGACAUCAGUCAAUCCACACAGGAGAGAGACCCCAUAAGUGUUUAGACUGUGGGAAAAGUUUCACAUGGAGGUCAGUCCUUGUUAUACAUCAGAGAAUCCACACAGGAGAGAGACCUUACAAGUGCUUAGACUGUGGAAAAGGUUUAAUGUGUAGGUCACACCUUGUUAGACAUCAGUCAAUCCACACAGGAGAGAGAUCCCACAAGUGCUUGGACCCUGGGGAAAUUUCACACAGAGAUCCCACCUCAUUAAACACGAGAGAAUAGACACUGGAGCUAAACAUCUCUGACACAGAGACAGAAGGUGUUAAGGAAAUUGCAUUUAAUUGACCUAGAUUCAAUCUUUAGAGACACGUUAGAAAAGUGUGUCCUAGUUAGGUAAACUAGAGCUUCGAGAGGUAAACGUGUAUUGUUAAAGACAUGGAAGAAGAUGGUAACUGUAGUGGUCUUUGUUUGUCUGUAUCUUGUUAGAGGUUAACAAUGGAAGUAAACAGUUCUUUUCUAGAGCUGUAUUCUGUGAAUUCAGAGAUCAAAAGGGAAUAUUAACAUUUAGACAAAACUUGGUUGUAAUAAUGUCAUUGUCUCCUGAAAGUUUGUGGUAAACUGUCUAUGAACUGCUUUAUGGAGAAUCACCUCAUGCUAAUCCAUGUAAUUACUUACCAGUGAUGUUUAGGAAAUAGAAGGUUACUUCAAAAGCCUAUUGUUCAGCCAAGGACUGUGUGCUGUCGAGAUACUGCAAAAAUGAUUUUCUUUUCUGAUCUGCCUAACCUUUAUACGGGGGGAGUGUGAUUCGGAAGAUGGGGAUCUGCAGUCCUAUCUGGACCGCCGUGACAUUGAAAUUGGACAUUGGACUAAAACUUGUUUAAAUGAUUAAGAAAAGGACUCUUUGCAAUUCUAAAGCACCAUCUCUACAGUGAAACUAACCUAAUGACACUAUGCAUGUCUGUAUGUAUAAUGAUCGUUUAACCAACACACACUCUCUAUUUUCUUCUUUUAAUAAAUCUUAGUUGAGUUAAUAAGAA